GUACAAAUUUACAAGACCUAGCAUAUUGCUGGCGCCGAUUAUGCAGCCAAUCACAACGGUCUAUAAGCCACAGUCGUUCUAUUCCAUUUCCACACAGCACAAAAGUGCCAGGCCCGUUUACCGCGACUAUUUAGGUGUUAAAGCAUGUUUCGCACCACAGCUACACGAUUUAUCCAGCGGGCAGCAAGACGCAGCUACUCCAGCCAGGAGCCAACCGAAAAAGCUUCUUCAGCUGCACAUAAGCUUGCACAAGAGGCAUUAGCACAAAAGACCGGCGGCGGCAAUCGCAAGGCAACAUUACCCAAGGGUGACAAGAAGCCCGCCAAGGCUGCUAGUGAAAAGGACGGCCAUUGGAAAGCUUAUGCUUUGGGGGCUGGUGCCGUAGUUGGCACUGGUCUUGGUUUACUCUUCUACUACGGUCGUCCGUUUAACGAUGGUCGCGAAGACAAGUAUGUCAAUAACGAUCCCUUCUCAGCAGCUUACAACCGAUGCUUCGAUCGCUACAAUGAGUUCCAAAAGAAAAUGCACGAACCCAUGUGGGAGAAGCUUCUUCCUGAUCCUCUUCCAGAACCCUAUCAGCGUCCGUAUACCUUGGUUAUCAAUUUAGACGAUACCUUGGUGCACUCAACGUGGGAUAGCAAACACGGAUGGCGUCAUGCUAAGCGACCUGGUGUCGAUUACUUUUUGGCGUAUCUUUCCCAAUUUUACGAAAUUGUCAUCUUUACUUCCCAAACAUCCAUGAACGCUCAACCUAUCCUCGACUCGCUUGAUCCCUACCAAUACGCCAUGUACAGACUUUAUCGUGAAGCGACGCGCUAUGUUGACGGAAAAUAUGUCAAGGAUCUAUCUCACUUGAAUCGUGAUUUGAGCAAAGUUAUCAUCAUGGACUCCAACCCAGACUCGUUCGCGAUGCAGCCAGAAAACGGUGUUCCUCUGCGACCAUUCACUGGCAAGCCUAACGAUCAGGGUCUUUUGGAAUACAUUCCUUUCUUGGAAGGUGUUGCUUUGUUCAAUGUUCCUGAUGUCCGACCUGUCUUGAAGGCUAUGGAGGGUGGUCAUCUUCCUGAAAAAUGGGCCGAAUGGGAAAAGAAAUACAAUGAUCAACACCGGUUACAGUGGGAACAGGAAAAGACAUCGAAACCUCGUAACCUUGGUUCCUUGUUAACUGGUGGAGGUGCUGCCGGCCAAGAACAAGAACAAGGUCCUCCUCCUACCCAACUUGAACAAUUGCGAAAACAGAUGCGUGAAGGUUUCUCCGCCGAGCAUGGUCAAAUGAGACAGCAGCAGGAUGAAAUGAUGAAGAAGGAAAUGGAAGCACAAAAGGAAAAGAUGAAGGAUAUGAAGAUGACUGUAUGGGACUUGAUGACACAAGUAUCUUCGGGCCAACCUAUUGUUCCACCCGGCGGUGAAGGCCAACAACAGCAACAGCCUUCCCAGCAAUAAAAACUUUGUAGAAAUUGUUUAAUACUUUUGAAAAUAGAAUAUUUCCCUUUAAUCCUGUAACAGGUCUAUGUCUAUCAUCUAAUAAGUUGUAUGAUGAAUUGCAAAUUGGAAGCUUGUGGGUGUCGUCAGUUUAAGCAGUGAGGGGAAAGAAAGUAAUUUAAAGCUACAGUUUUCUAUGAAGGAAAGAGUACACGAUGAAUU